AUGGCAGAAGGCAGCGAAGAUUCUUACUUGUACAUGAAAAGCCAUUCAAGGGCAAAUCAUGGCUUCGUCAAUGGAGAAGCCUUUUCUGGCAAAUCACCAUCUACCUGUCUUCCAAAGAAGCUCAGCGCGGAUACUCGAACAACGCCUGCUUCGCCUUCGCAUAAGCCUCACCGUCAAAAGAGCAACGUAGUUGUUGGACAUGGCGGAUCUUCUAAUGUUACAAAAUCUGUGGACGCUCCCACCGUUGGACCGCCCAAUCAUGAUGAUUAUAUGGCUUUUGACCUUUAUGAGCAAGAUCCCGACAUGGUCUACGGAUCCUCGGAUUACAAUCUUCGAAGACAGUCAUCAGACUUCCGACUCAACUUUGAAGAUAUGAUUGUGUUGCCAAUGAGACUCAAGAAACCAUCCACUGCGAUUAACCUCGACGCACAUAGUUUCACUGAUAUCGAUGAGUUCGACUACGCAGAUCAGCACGUCUAUUAUAGUCAACUUAUCACUACUGUUAACUCAAAUUCGGCGAGACACGAAUACGCUGUACGCAAAGGACCUCUUUGGAACUGCGCCUGGGAAAUUCUUGUACCAAAAGGUCUUCAUCCAACCUAUCUUACAGAGGAUGAAUUUGUAAAGUUGGUGUUAAGUCAGGGCAACGAUACGACUAAAUGGAUGGAUACCAACAUUCCAAUUCUACAUAGAAGAGCACUUCAAAAAGCGGGCGCUGCACGUCAAAAGCUUUCAAACGCGGGUAUUUCUCCAUUUGAGCUGACUCAAGAGUACCUGGAGUCUUUUGAAUGGAUGGACAAGAUUGAGCAAGAUAAUUUUAUCAAGACUUUCCAGAAGCUGCAGUUACAAGUUUCCUUUCAGAAACAAGGCAUUUCAGUGAGAAUUGAGGAUAUUGACAGUAUCCCUUAUGAAGAUGAGGAAAAGAUCAUUGGGAAGUCACACACGAAGCUGGUUGACGGGUCUUGCAUCCAACAAGACUGUUCCCCUGACGUUGACGACUCGUUCAUGGUUGACAAACUUAGCCUUGAUGAAUUUGAGAACCAGUUUUGGAAUGAUGAUUACAAGAAGGCUUCUCCGUCAUCCAAGAAGGCUCCUGCUCCGUUCCGCAGCACGCCAACUCCACAAACAUACCAAUCUCCAACUGCUCCCAACCUUCACGACGAAGCCGUUUCUUUAAAGUGCUUGAAGAAUAUUUUAUGUUCCCAGGGUAUUGAACCUGGUCCAUCCUCUCCUCUUCUCAGAUCUGAUGAAGGCUCGGACUACUUCAAGAUCAAUCAGGAGACCAAGAAUGCCCAUAAUUCCAAUAGAGGUUCCGUGAGCCAAUCUCCAUUGUCACCACUCGAAGCUGCCAAGAGCUAUCCUUACAAAAGUUUUUAUGUUCCUCCACCAAAAAAUACCGACUCUCAUGUUCUCUUCUCUCUUCAAGAUCCUCCUUCUCUGACUCCUCUUAAAACUACACAAUCUGAAUCUGGUCGCCUUGAAUCCUCGAGUAGCUCAAGCCAUGAUCCCAGUGAUGGCAGCAGUAGUACUCCGGGUUCCAAAUCACAAUCUCGCAAAUCUGAAGCUAGUUCUGUCGGUGGAGCCCCUCUUACGGGUACUCUUAGUGGUGGCAGUGCCUGCCAAAGCCAACAGUCAUGCAAGACAGAGGGAAGCCGGGCAAGUGGAGCCAGCGAUAAAUUCGCCAGUAUUGGCAAGAGAAUCGAGGGUUCCCCUAAAGCUCUCAAGAAGAAGUUGAGCUCGGUUUUCGGAACGAUUGGAAGAUCUGGAAGAUCGGGUACGCAAUGA